GAAGGCGCUAACAGCGGCUAGCUGCGGUUAACGGUACGUUAGCUGCCUGGAGGAAGAGGCGGACGGUGCUGACGCACUGCAGCUGCAACAACAACCUGGCAGUGACAGCGUGCUGCUGGGGAAAAGGCAACAGAGCCCAGAGAGCCGGCAAACACAGCAGCUGUUCCCUCCAGUCUGAUGGCUGAGCAUUAGUUAGCCCGCUCCGGUCUGUCGGCAUGGAAGACACCGUGGGAACCGGAGGAAAUGGGGACCUAAACGCGAACCUGGGGUGGCGGAGAACCGGGGACCCAAAGCUGGACAAGGCGGUGCAGCAGUGGCUGGACUGGGACAGGAACAAAUGGACUCGGGCUCAGGUGGAGUCUCUGGUGGCGGCGGGUCGCCUGGAGGACCUGCGGUCCAGACUCUGCAGCCGGAUGAGCUUCGGUACAGCCGGACUCAGAGCCCCGAUGGGAGCCGGAUUCAACCGGAUCAACGACCUCACCGUCAUCCAGUCCUCACAGGGCCUUCAUGCGUACCUGUGCAGGUGUUUUGCUGACCUCGGCAGCCGGGGCGUCGUCAUUGGAUACGACACCAGAGGUCAGGAGGAGAGCGGCUGCAGCAGUCAGAGGCUGGCCAAGCUGACGGCUGCAGUGAUGCUUAGCAGAGACGUUCCUGUCCAUCUCUUCUCCUCGUUCGUCCCGACUCCUUACGUGCCUUACGCUGUGAAGAGACUGGGAGCCGCAUCUGGAGUGAUGAUCACUGCGUCACACAAUCCCAAAGAGGACAACGGCUACAAGGUGUACUGGUGUAGCGGCGCUCAGAUCGCCUCCCCUCAUGAUAAGGAGGUGCUGCGCUGUAUAGAGGAGCAGCUGGAGCCCUGGAGCGCCUCCUGCUGGGACGAGGAGCUGGUGGACCGCAGUUCGCUGAGGACCGACCCCCUGACCCAGAUCAACAGCUUCUACAUGGACGACCUCACUUCCCUCUGCUUCCACAGGGAUCUGAACAGCAGCUGCACGUUAAAGUUCGUCCACUCGUCCUUCCACGGAGUCGGUCACGACUUCGUCCGGCAGGCCUUUCAGGUGUUCGGCUUCGUCUCGCCCGUUCCCGUCCCUGAGCAGAAAGACCCCGACCCAAACUUCUCCUCUGUUCGCUGCCCAAACCCAGAGGAGGGAGAGUCUGUCCUGGAGCUCUCACUCCUCCUGGCCGAGCGGGAAAACGCUCGGAUCGUCCUAGCAACCGACCCCGACGCUGACCGGCUGGCCGUGGCCGAGCGAUCUGACGGUUGCAGGCACGGGUGGAAGGUGUUCUCAGGAAACGAGCUGGCUGCCCUGUUGGGAUGGUGGAUGUUCUUCAACUGGAAGGAGAGCCAUCCAGACCCAGCAGACACCAACAGCGUCUACAUGUUGGCCACCACCGUGUCGUCCAAGAUCCUGCAGGCCUUCGCUCGCAUCGAGGGUUUCCACUUUGAGGAAACUCUUCCUGGCUUCAAGUGGAUCGGGAACAGAAUCCAUGAGCUCUCCAAAACCGGAAACAGGGUCAUAUUUGCCUUCGAAGAGUCUAUAGGUUUCCUCUGUGGUAGCAUCGUUCCUGAGAAAGAUGGCGUCAGCGCGGCCGUGGUCGUGGCCGAAAUGGCGGCGUACCUGCAGACCAGGAAGUUGAGUCUGAACCAGCAGCUUCAAAACAUCUACCGGACGUAUGGUUACCAUGUGUCCAAGACCUCAUACGUCACCUGUAACGACCCCCCCACCAUCCAGAGGAUCUUCAGCCGGAUCAGGAACUUUGCCGGAGACGGCUCGUAUCCAAAGGCGUGCGGCGACAUCGGGAUCGUCCAUGUCAGGGACGUAACCACGGGAUACGACAGCAGCCGGCCCGACCUCAGAUCAGUGCUUCCUGCUUCCAGGAGCAGCCAGAUGAUCACCUUCACGCUGCAGAACGGCGUCGUGGCAACGCUGCGGACGAGCGGCACCGAGCCAAAGAUCAAGUAUUACACCGAGUUCUGCGCCGCACCAGGAGAAAGCGACGUGUCCCAGCUGGAGGUGGAGCUCCGGAAGGUGACGGACGCUCUGCUGGACGAGUUCCUAGAACCCGACAAGAACCACCUGAUCCGCCGCUCCGUCUAGCCCCGCCUCCUGCUUCCUGUGGAGACAUCGCUUCCGGUAGCUGCUUCCUGUCCUCCGAUUGGCCGACGGGUGAUCAGCUGUCGCCCUGCAGAAAGUUAGAGGUUUAUUGAUGUGUAAAAGUAAAGAGAAACUCCAAUGUUUCUUUUAAAAUAUUAGAUUUUAUUUUAUUUAUCUUUGAGAUUUUCUUAAAAAAUAUAACAUAAAAAAUUCAGCUGGAGAUUAUUAGGCUUAGUUUUUCCAGAUUUUAAAACAAUUUAAUUUUCUGUAAAUGUUCAUAGCUUUAAGACUUGUGAUGUUUUGUGAAGAGCAAAAUUUAAAAAAAUUUUAAGUGAAUAUCAAACCAAAAACACAAAACAGCUGAAACUGGUCAGUUUUUGCUUAAGAAAUGUAUUUCUGUUAGAAACUUUCUGCCGACUCGUCAGAAAUCAUUUUAGUUUGCAGAAAUUGGUUGAAAUGUUUUCCUGCUUUGCUUUACUGUUGAUCAACAUUAAAAAAAAAA